AUGAAAGAGUUGAGAGACCAGACAAGGUUAUACAAGCUUCGAUUAGCUCAGAAGAAGCGUGCCGAACGAGAGGCAGCCAGGGAGAGGAGGAUGAAGGAGAAGGCCGAGAAGGAGGCUGAACGCGCCCGCAAAAAGGCCGAUCACGACUCCAAAAAAACUAUCCAACAGUCCAAAAACGGUAAGCGUAAGGCUUCAACAAGCUCCAGUAAUCGCAAUAAGCGUCAAAAACGUGUUGCGGAUGCUGCAGCUGUUGAAGAGGCCUCAGGAGCUGCACCAGCCCCACCACCAAAAGUGAGCCGCUGCGGCCGGAACAUCAGAUUGCCGAGCAAAUAUAAGUAG